AUGCCCAAAACCAACGAGAAGCACUUAGCGAUAACCGACGCAAAAGGUGUGGAAUUCCUGUUAAACAGAUCCCGUGAGAUCUCCAAAAGGGCGCUCACUCGAGCGGACGGAUGGGCUCUAAGACUCAGUCCAUACAGUUACGUAGUAGAAUACGUUGAAGGAAAAUUCAACAUCGCAGACCCAUCUUCGCGACUGUACAAUGGAAAAGACGAUCCAUUCGAUGAAGAAGCAAGCCCUUGCGAAAUCGCUAAAAUUGAAGCAAACGCCGUAGGAUUUGUAACAGAGGACGAAAUACGGAAAGCAACAGAAGCUGAUGAAAUCUUAUCACAAAUCCCGCAUGCUUUGGAUACCGGUUAUUGGCCAAAACAGCUGCACAGAUACCAAAUUAUUUCACACGACCUCCACUUCAAAGAUGGAAUCUUAGUGAAACAAGGUUGCGCGGUUAUCCCAGAAACGCUACUCAGAAAAACACUGGAAGUUGCGCAUGAGGGACACCCAUCAACAGCAAAGUUGAAAAGUAUCCUGCGAGAGCGUGUCUGGUGGCCCGGCAUGCCUAAAGACGCUGAAAGCUGGGUUGAAUCUUGUGGGACAUGUGCUACCAAUGGCAAACCGGAAAAAUGCACGCCAAUGGGGCGUAUUUUCGCUCCUAAAACGGUCUGGGAAUUGAUCGCCCUUGAUUUUAAUGGGCCUUAUGCGAAAUUUGGUGGAAUCAGUAUUCUGGUUCUUGUGGAAUACCGAUCAAGGUACAUUAUGGCUCUUCCAGUGAAGUCCACGAGCUUCGAACACACCCGGAAAAUUCUGGAUGAAAUUUUUGAUAAGGAAGGGUUUCCCAAGACAAUCAAAACUGACAACGGGCCCCCGUUUUGUGGAGAGGAAUUCAAAAUCUACAGCGCCGAGCGAGGUAUCAGGAUUUUAUACUCGACUCCUCUGUUCCCCCAGCAAAACGGGCUCGUGGAGAACUCCAUGAAACUGAUAAACAAAGCUAUGGCUGCUGCCGUGUCUUCUGGAACCAACCAUAUGGAAGAACUUAACCCUUAA